AUAACUGUCACAUUUUGUUUGGUGGUCUUGGUGGUGUCGUGUGAUUCAACUUCUAAAGUUGUGAUUGCAAAAGUGAUUCCAAUUUUUUGAUUGUGGCCUGGAUGAUUGGGAAAUUAUAAUUAUUUCUUACUUCAUGUUUAUUUUAUAUUAAGUUCUGUCCUGUGAGUUUUGCAAAUAUUAAAAAUAUUCAUUGAAAACAUGGCCCAGUUUAACUACCUCAACGAUUUGAAAACUUUAGCUACAAUAGAUGGGCCCAUAACCCGUGGACCGCUCCAACGCUGGGUAAAGAAGUCCAACAAUGAAAACAUUAACCCAUCGUUGAGCACAUCGUCCAAAAAUAUAUCGAAUAUAAAUCUAAGUGCUUGUAAUCAGUCCAUGCAAAAGUUGUCUGUUUCUGGCAAUUUAAGCUGUAACAACAGCGUUCUAUCCAGCAACAAGACACCCACUAGAAAUGAGAACAAGAAAGGAAAAAAGACUCCUUCAAAGAACAAAUCUCCAGGCCGAUCAACAACUCCCACCCCUAACAAGCUGGCAAAGACACCAAACAAGGCUGACAGAUUCAUACCUUCCAGGAGUAACUCUAAUUUUGACUUAUGCCACUAUAUGUUAAAUCGCGAGGAAGUAGAAGAGGUAGCAGCACAGACAGUGACCGGAGAAGCUAUAGGCCGAGCCCUUGCAGACACAGAGCCUGGACGUCUCCUGCAAUACACCUGCAAGGCACCUGCGGCACCCGAGGGCUACCAGAACAGACUUAGAGUGGUAUAUUCACAGGCUAAAGUUCCAUCAUCAGUGAAGAACACAACUAGAUAUAUCCCCCAGGCACCCGACAGAAUAUUGGAUGCACCUGAUAUCCUUGACGACUAUUAUCUGAACCUAAUAGAUUGGAGUGCAUCAAACAUACUAGCCGUAGCGCUAAGCAACACUGUAUACCUCUGGAAUGCAAGCACGGGGCAAAUAGAACAGCUAUUGACUCUAGAAGGCUCGGAGACUGUUUCAUCCGUGGCAUGGGUGCAAGGCGCCAGCUCGCACCUGGCAGUCGGCACAUCUUCCUCUGUUGUUGAGCUGUGGGACUGCGAGAAGAUUAAGAGGUUGAGGAUAAUGGACGGGCACACGGGCCGCGUGGCGUCGCUGGCGUGGAACCUGUACGUGGUGUCGAGCGGCGCGCGCGACGGCAACAUCGUCCACCACGACGUGCGGCAGCGCAACCACGCCGUGGCCACCAUCAAUGCACACACGCAUGAGGUGUGUGGCCUAAAGUGGUCCCCGGACGGCAAGUACCUGGCGUCGGGCGGUAACGACAACUUACUGAACAUCUGGCCCAGUGAACACGGACAGCACUACAGCCAGACGCAGUACAUACACCAGUUUAAUCAGCACCAGGCAGCAGUGAAGGGGCUGGCGUGGUGUCCGUGGAGCGCGGGCAUACUGGCGUCGGGCGGCGGCACGGCGGACCGCACCAUCCGCAUUUGGAACGUCAACACGGGCGCCAAUCUCAACACGGUCGACACCAAAUCGCAGGUGUGUUCGAUCAUAUGGAGCACACACUACAAGGAGCUAGUGUCGGCUCACGGCUACGCGCAGAACCAGAUCAUCAUCUGGAAGUACCCCAUGUUGUCGCGCGUCACCGAGCUGUGCGGCCACGAAGCGCGCGUGUUGCAUCUCGCGCUGUCGCCCGACGGCACCACCGUGCUGUCCGCUGCCGCUGAUGAGACGCUGCGAUUGUGGAAAUGUUUCAUGCUGGAUCCAUCCAAAAAGAAGGAACCGACCGAAUCGAAGGCAGCAAAAUCGAUACUUAAUAUGAACUCGUUAAUAAGAUAGAAAGUUCUAUCAACUGACUGCAGUUGAGUACUGCGCUAGACUGAAUUUUGUGAUGUUUUAUGUAAAAUGACUGCAAAGGCUAAUUGUUUGUUUUAUGAUAAUUGUUUGAUGAAAAUAUUUUCGCGAUUUCAUGUAUCUAUACUAAUAAAUAAAAUUGGAGUGUC